CUCCCUCAGUGAUGACAUCACCAGGCUAGAGAACAGUUCAGCAUCCUUCCUGUAGGCAGCAGGCAGGCAGUCAACAGAACAGAGACAUUUUGUUUCCCAGCACUCAACGCAAAACCCUUCUUGUUUUAUCAAACCCUCCCUGGACCCCAGGCUAUAGCAGGGUUUCUAGGCUAUACUGUAAUAUACCCUCUAGCGGUCGUGAUGUUCUUUCUACCUUGAGUCUUCUUCCCGCUUGGAGGGAGGAAGGGAGAAAAGAAGGGAAGUGGGCUGGCAGCUGGUCUGUGACAGUCAGACAGACAGAGAGAGAGAGAGAGAAAGAGAGACAGAGCCAGAGCUGGAAGACAGACAAUUAACAGAAGAGGAGAGCAGAUCAAACAAGCUUCUUAAACCGGACGGGGCAUUAAAGAGGUGUUGCUAUACCCGUCUCCCGGACUCUGUGUUUGGGCUCGUUUCGAGAGGCGCUCCGAGCAGGCUGGUCCCAGGCAGGAGGCACCGUAUCCCGGACUCUGUGUUUGGGCUCGUUUCGAGAGGCGCUCCGAGCAGGCUGGUCCCAGGCAGGAGGCACCAUGUCCGGGGCUUCUGUGAAGGUGGCGGUGCGGGUGCGCCCCUUCAACUCCAGAGAGAUGGGGAAGGACAGCAAAUGCAUCAUCCAGAUGUCAGGAAACACAACCACCAUCCUGAACCCCAAGCAGCCCAAAGAGAAUAAGAGCUUCAACUUUGAUUACUCCUACUGGUCACAUACCUCGCCCGAGGACAUCAACUUUGCUGGCCAGCAGCAGGUGUACAAGGACAUUGGUGAGGAGAUGCUGCUCCAUGCCUUCGAGGGAUACAACGUCUGUAUCUUUGCCUAUGGCCAGACCGGAUCUGGGAAGUCCUACACCAUGAUGGGCAAGCCGGACUUGAAGGACCAGGAAGGAAUCAUCCCUCUGAUGUGUGAAGAUCUUUUCACCAAGUUCAACGACUGUAAUAAUGACAACACCAAGUCCUACUCUGUGGAGGUGAGCUAUAUGGAAAUCUACUGUGAGCGUGUGCGUGACCUCCUGAACCCUAAGAAUAAGGGGAACCUGCGUGUGAGGGAACACCCCCUGAUGGGGCCCUACGUAGAGGACCUGUCCAAGCUGGCCGUCACCUCCUACAACGACAUCCAGGACCUCAUGGACUCUGGAAACAAGGCCAGGACGGUGGCCGCCACCAACAUGAACGAGACCAGCAGUCGCUCCCACGCCGUGUUCAACAUUAUCUUCACACAGAAACGCCUCGACGCUGAGACUGAUAACACCUCAGAGAAGGUCAGCAAAAUCAGCCUGGUGGAUUUGGCCGGCAGCGAGAGGGCCGACUCCACAGGCGCCAAGGGGACCCGGCUCAAGGAAGGAGCGAACAUCAACAAAUCACUGACCACUCUGGGGAAAGUAAUCUCUGCUUUGGCCGAAGUGGAUUCUGCACAAAAUAAGAACAAGAAGAAAAAGAAAGUGGAGAGUCACAUCCCUUACAGAGAUUCUGUGUUGACCUGGCUACUGAGAGAGAACUUAGGGGGAAACUCUCGUACUGCCAUGGUUGCUGCUCUCAGUCCAGCUGACAUCAACUAUGACGAGACUCUCAGCACACUCAGGUACGCAGACCGAGCCAAACAGAUUCGCUGUAAUGCUGUGAUCAACGAGGACCCGAACAAUCGAUUGGUUCGUGAGCUGAAGGAGGAGGUGGGCCGUCUGAGGGACUUGCUCCUAUCCCAGGGCUUGGGAGACAUCCUUGAGAUGACCAAUGCCAUGACGGGGAUGAGCCCCUCCCCCUCUCUGUCCGCCCUGUCCAGUCGAGCCGGAUCCAUCGCCAGUCUCCACGACCGCAUCAUGUUCAGCCCCGGAAGCGAGGAGGCCAUCGAGAGACUCAAGGAAACAGAGAAGAUCAUUGCUGAGCUCAAUGAGACCUGGGAGGAGAAACUUCGCAGAACAGAAGCCAUCAGAAUGGAAAGAGAGGCCCUGCUGGCUGAGAUGGGUGUGGCUAUGAGGGAAGACGGAGGAACCGUGGGCGUGUUCUCUCCCAAGAAGACUCCUCACCUGGUGAACCUCAACGAGGACCCCCUGAUGUCAGAGUGCCUGCUGUACUACAUCAAAGAUGGCGACACCAAGGUCGGUCGUGUGGACGCCAGCAGCAGGCAGGACAUUGUCCUCAGUGGUCACUUCAUCAAGGACGAACACUGUACAUUUACCUCAACAACGGGACCCAUUGGAGAAGCAGUCACCCUGGAGCCCUGUGAGGGAGCUGAGACCUACGUCAAUGGGAAGAGGGUCACCGAGGCUACAGUCCUCAAAUCAGGGAACCGUAUUAUUCUGGGUAAGAGCCACGUGUUCCGGUUCAACCACCCAGAGCAGGCGCGCCAGGAGCGGGAGAAGACGCCCUGCGCUGAGACCCCCGUGGAGCCGGUGGACUGGGCCUUCGCACAGAGAGAACUGCUGGAUAAACAGGGCAUCGACAUGAAGCAGGAGAUGGACCAGAGGCUUCAGGAGCUGGAGGACCAGUACCGUAAAGAGAGAGAAGAGACACACAACCUGCUGGAACAGCAGAGGAUGGAUUAUGAGAGCAAGCUGGAAGCCCUUCAGAAACAGGUGGACCGAUAUUACCCUGAGGUAGUAGGAGAGGAAGAGGAGGAGCCUGAGGAGGAAGUGCAGUGGACGGAGAGGGAGGCGGAGCUAGCCCUGUGGGGUUUCAGGAAGUGGCGCUGUUACCAGUUCACCUCCCUCAGAGACCAGCUGUGGGGAAACGCCAUCUUCCUCAAGGAGGCUAACGCCAUCAGCGUGGAACUCAAGAAGAAGGUCCAAUUCCAAUUUGUGCUGCUGACCGACACCCUGUACUCCCCCCUGCCCACUGACCUGCUGCCCCCUGAGGCAGCCAAGGACAGAGCGACCCGCCCGUUCCCCAGGACCAUCGUAGCUGUGGAGGUUCAGGACCAUAAGAAUGGGGCCACCCACUGCUGGACCAUGGAGAAGCUCAGGCAGCGCCUGGACCUGAUGAGAGAGAUGUAUGACAGAGCUGCGGAGGUUCCCAACAGCACCAUAGAAGACUGUGAGAACGUCAUGACUGGAGGAGACCCCUUUUACGACCGAUUCCCCUGGUUCCGUCUGGUCGGCAGCAACCCCCUUUUCAACGUGUGCAUGAGCGAGCGCAUGAGUGAUCCCACUCCCUCCCCCACUCCUUCUCCCACCCUCUCCACCUCCGAGCUAACUGAGCUGGCCGACACUCGGCCGGAGGGGCGAGGAGGGGAGGAGGAGUUGGAGGCUUUGGGGGAUCUGGACGAUGAUAUCUUUUUGGACGACCCGUUCUCGGAGCUCGAUGAUGAUGAUGAUGAUGAUGAGGGAGAGCUGUGCCGAGGCGGCUCCAGCGAAGGCCUGGAUCCCUUUUAUGACCGCUCUCCGUUAUUCAGUGUAGUGGGAAGAGCCUUUGUGUACUUGAGUAACCUACUGUACCCUGUGCCCCUGGUCCAUCGUGUGGCCGUCAUCAGUGAGAAGGGAGAGGUGAAAGGAUUUCUCAGGGUGGCUGUACAGGCAAUCUCAGGUGUUUUGUGUUUCCCUCCAGCUGACGAGGAGGCACCUGACUACGGCUCCGGUGUCCGUCAGUCUGGCACUGCCAAGAUCUCCUUCGAGGACCGGGAGUUUGAGAAGUUCCAGGCUGAGUCGUGCCCCACUGGUCUAUCCCGUACCGGGGAGUCCCAGGAAGAGCUGCGUUUCGUGGAAGGGGAGGGACAGAACUCAGGGAUGGAACCCUCGGCCGAUGAGGUCAACAACAACAAUUGUGCGGCCAGUCCAGAUGAGUUGGAGAGCCCCCUGAAGACCAACCUGGAGGGAGGAGCUCUGGACGGAGCCCUGGAACACCUGAGGAUAGGUAACAUCUUCACCUUCAGAGUGACGGUCCUCCAGGCCUCCAGCAUCUCCGCAGAGUACGCUGACAUCUUCUGCCAGUUCAAUUUCAUCCACUGUCACGAUGAGGCCUUUUCCACAGAGCCUCUGAAGAACACAGGGCGAGGCCCUCCUCUGGGCUUCUACCACGUACAGAACAUUGCUGUAGAGGUCACCAAAUCCUUUGUGGACUAUAUCAAGACCCAGCCUAUGGUGUUUGAGGUGUUUGGUCACUACCAGAAACAGCCCUUCCCUGCUCUGUGCAAGGACCUGAUCAGCAGCCCUCUGCGUCCCUGCAGAAGGCAGUUCCCCAAAGUCAUGCCCCUGUCCAAACCAGUCCCUGCCACCAAGCUGACUACCCUGAUGCGCCCUACAGCCGGGCCCUGCCACUGCAAGUAUGACCUCAUGGUGUUCUUUGAGAUCUGCGAACUGGAGGCCAGUGGAGACUACGUCCCAGCAGGAGUGGACCACAGAGGAGGCAUGCCUUGCCAUGGGACAUUCAUGCUGCACCAGGGUAUCCAGAGGCGCGUCACUGUGACCAUCGUUCAUGAGACAGGUGGAGACAUCGAGUGGAAGGAUGUCCGGGAACUGGUUGUGGGUCGUAUCCGCAACUCUCCCGAGGGGGACGAUGCCAUCAUAGACCCCAACAUCCUGUCACUCAACAUCCUGUCGGCUGGGCAUGUCAAGCCCAUGCAGGAGGACAGACAGUUUCUUGAUUCGGACAUGCCUAGGACGUUCUAUCGCUUCGAGGCUGCCUGGGACAGCGCCAUGCAUAACUCCCUCCUCCUGAACCGGGUCACUCCUUACGGGGAGAAGAUCUACAUGACCUUGUCGGCCUACCUCGAGAUGGAGAACUGCACCCAGCCAACAGUCAUAACCAAAGAUUUCUGCAUGGUGUUCUACUCUCGAGACGCUAAACUCCCGGCCUCCCGCUCCAUCCGAAACCUGUUUGGCACAGGAAGCCUGAGGGCAGUGGAGGGUAACCGGGUGACAGGUGUGUACGAGGUCAGCCUAUGUCACCUGGCCGAUCAUGGGAGUCCAGGUAUGCAGAGGAGACGUCGGCGGGUGCUGGACACCUCGGUGGCGUACGUCCGCGGGGAGGAGAACCUGGCUGGGUGGAGGCCUCGCAGUGACAGCCUCAUCCUGGACCACCAGUGGGAGCUGGAGAAACUCAGCCUCCUGCAGGAGGUGGAGAAGACGAGACACCGCCUGCUCCUGCGGGAGAAGUUAGAGUCCACCCUGCUGCUGGGUCAGGAGGGGUUGUUGUCCUGUGUAGGUGAGGAGCAGAGUGAGUCCCCUCAACCCUCUGAGGGUCUCGGCCUCAGUCCCACCGUUGAUGCCCCCAAUGAGAGACAGAGGGAGCUAGCCAUUAAGUGUCUUCGGCUGCUCUCCCACUCCUUCAACAGAGAGUACAGCCACGUGUGUGUCAGCGCCAGUGAAAGCAAGCUGUCUGAGAUGUCAGUGACUCUGCUGAGGGAGUCGACCUCUGCCACGGCCCUCAACACCCUCACCCCCUCCUCGACAUGCCCCUCACUGGUGGAGGGAUGCUACCCCAAGUCCGAAGGGCUCAGAACACCCACGCCUCGUUCCCGCUGCGCCAGCCCCAACCCUGACUGCUCACAGCGGGACAGAGAGGUCAAGAUGUCCCCUGGCCCCAGUGGGGUCGCAGCCCCGGAGGUUAAACCCAGGGAACGCCGCUUCGUACCAGACAUCCAGGAGAUCCGGGUCAGCCCCAUCGUGUCAAAGAAGGGCUACCUGCAUUUCCUGGAGCCUCAUAGCAACGGCUGGGUGAAGCGCUAUGUAGUGGUGAGACGUCCGUACGUCUACAUCUACAAUACAGAGAGAGACAGCGUUGAGAGAGCCAUCCUCAACCUCUCCUCUGCCCAUGUCGAGUACAGCGAGGACCAGCAGGCCAUGCUUAAGACACCAAACGCGUUUGCUGUGUGUACUGAGCACCGCGGGAUACUGCUCCAAGCCAGCAACGACAAGGAGAUGCACGACUGGCUCUAUGCAUUUAACCCUCUGCUGGCUGGAUCCAUCAGAUCCAAACUAUCCAGAAGAAGAGCUGGACAGAUGAGGAUGUGAAUCAACACGUCUCAUAGACAAGACAAUAGAACACCAAAAGACUAGCCUGUAUAUCGACUCCAGACCGUAAUACUCCUUCCCUCCUGUGCCCUUAACCCUCCUCCUCCUCCUCCUCUUCCUCCUCCUACACUAGUAACCGACUUGCUCCUCCUCCUGCACACGCCCAGUUUAUCCCAAGCUGACCACCAGCGUAUCUAAGGCCCUGAGGCCUCCGUCAUCGUUGUGUGUCUGUCAGGCCUGUACCGCUGUCUGUCUGUGUUGGCCUUAUUGUCUGGUUUAACCCCUCUCCAAGCCUGAGGCCCAAAUUCCACCCUAUUCCCUAUAUAGUGCAUUGCUUUUGUCCAGGGCCUAUAGGGCUGGUCAUAGCUACUGUAAGAAGGGCCUAUAGGGCUGGUCAUAUCUACUGUAAGAAGGGCCUAUAGGGCUGGUCAUAUCUACUGUAAGAAGGGCCUAUAGGGCUGGUCAAAGUUACUGUAAGAAGGGCCUAUAGGGCUGGUCAUAGCUACUGUAAGAAUGGCCUAUAGGGCUGGUCAUAGCUACUGUAAGAAUGGCUUACAGGGCUCUGGUCAAAAGUAGUGCACUACACAGGGAAUAGGGUACAGGCUCUGGUCUAAAGUAGUGCACUAAGUAGGGAAUAAGGUAUCAUUUGGGACUGAGCCCAAACCUCCUUACUUUACCAGAAUGUUCCCGAGCCGAGGGAACGGAGGAAGAGAGACGGGGAGAGGGGUAGUUACCAGUUCCUUAUUUUAUAGACUUGCAUUAUGAUGUACUGUAUGGUAGUUGCCAGCAACACACCGAGCUAAUUAAAUAGCACAUUUAUUCCUUCAGGAAAAAAAUAAAAUAAAAGAGAAUGUCCGCAGCGUUGACAGUAAAUCGCUCCAUUUUAAAGUUGCCCUGACAGUGGGCUUCUGUUCACAUUACGACUUAAAUAAAAGGUUAAAUGAGAAAAAAAAAAAAAAAAAAAAACAAUUACUACAUUGUUGCACCUCGGGUUUACCUUACAGAACAAAACAGAGAAGGAAGUAAUUGGUCUUAUUGUUGCUCGAUACAAUGUUGAAACAAGCAGGUUCGUUUUCAAAGUAAACACAUUUUCACCAUAUUAGGGUUUCCUCAGUUCUGCAACAAACAAAAAAACUAAAAAAAAUAGGGGUGAAAAAACGACAGUUGACAGUGGUUGAGUGUAGUAUCUGUUCUGUUCCUUAGGAGUGAAUAACGACAGUUGACAGUGGUUGGUUGUAGUACCUGUUCUGUCCCUUAGGAGUGAAUAACGACAGUUGACAGUGGUUGAGUGUAGUACCUGUUCUGUCCCUUAGGAGUGAAUAACGACAGUUGACAGUGGUUGAGUGUAGUAUCUGUUCUGUCCCUUAGGAGUGAAUAACGACAGUUGACAGUGGUUGAGUGUAGUACCUGUUCUGUUCCUUAGGAGUGAAUAACGACAGUUGACAGUGGUUGAGUGUAGUAUCUGUUCUGUUCCUUAGGAGUGAAUAACGACAGUUGACAGUGGUUGGUUGUAGUACCUGUUCUGUCCCUUAGGAGUGAAUAACGACAGUUGACAGUGGUUGAGUGUAGUACCUGUUCUGUCCCUUAGGAGUGAAUAACGACAGUUGACAGUGGUUGAGUGUAGUAUCUGUUCUGUCCCUUAGGAGUGAAUAACGACAGUUGACAGUGGUUGAGUGUAGUAUCUGUUCUGUCCCUUAGGAGUGAAUAACGACAGUUGACAGUGGUUGAGUGUAGUAUCUGUUCUGUCCCUUAGGAGUGAAUAACGACAGUUGACAGUGGUUGAGUGUAGUACCUGUUCUGUCCCUUAGGAGUGAAUAACGACAGUUGACAGUGGUUGAGUGUAGUAUCUGUUCUGUCCCUUAGGAGUGAAUAACGACAGUUGACAGUGGUUGAGUGUAGUACCUGUUCUGUCCCUUAGGAGUGAAUAACGACAGUUGACAGUGGUUGAGUGUAGUAUCUGUUCUGUCCCUUAGGAGUGAAUAACGACAGUUGACAGUGGUUGGGUGUAGUACCUGUUCUGUCCCUUAGGAGUGAAUAACGACAGUUGACAGUGGUUGGCUGUAGUAGCUGUUCUGUCCCUUAGGAGUGAAUAACGACAGUUGACAGUGGUUGGCUGUAGUACCUGUUCUGUUCCUUAGGAGUGAAUAACGACAGUUGACAGUGGUUGAGUGUAGUAUCUGUUCUGUCCCUUAGGAGUGAAUAACGACAGUUGACAGUGGUUGAGUGUAGUACCUGUUCUGUCCCUUAGGAGUGAAUAACGACAGUUGACAGUGGUUGGGUGUAGUACCUGUUCUGUCCCUUAGGAGUGAAUAACAACAGUUGACAGUGGUUGGCUGUAGUACCUGUUCUGUCCCUUAGGAGUGAAUAACAACAGUUGACAGUGGUUGAGUGUAGUAUCUGUUCUGUUCCUUAGGAGUGAAUAACAACAGUUGACAGUGGUUGGGUGUAGUACCUGUUCUGUCCCUUAGGAGUGAAUAACGACAGUUGACAGUGGUUUGCUGUAGUACCUGUUCUGUCCCUUGUAUCUUUCCAUACCAGCUCAGUUCUGUUGGAAAGGACAGAAUAGCUCCUCAUGAAUAGCUCCUCAAGGACGCUAUCUAAUCUCCGUAUUCCCCCUGAUAUGUCUUGAGACGUUAACACACACAGGGUGCGUCCCAAGUUAAAUAAAGGUUAAAAAAAAAUAAUAAAUGCAAUCUAUUACCUAUAUAGUGCAUUAUUUUUUUAUUUGGGCCCAUGGUCUCUUUCAUAGUUGCUCUGGUCAAAUGCAGUGAACUAUGCAGACAAUCGUGUGCCAAUUGGGAUGCAUCCACAGCCCGGCGACGAGAUGAGGGUUGGCAUCGAUCAAACGUUCACAUGUUCACCUGUUCACCACAUGUUCACAUGUGAAAAUCCUCCAAAUUGAAUCUUAAUUAAUAUCUGAGUCAGAUUUUUUUAAUUUUAUUAAGUUGAGGUUAUAUUUAUAUAUUUAACAACAUGAUCAUUUAUUUAUUUAUGCGUGUAUUUGUUUACAAAGACAUUUAUAUUUCUAAAGUAGUUAUAGUGCAACUUCUGCACACAGCACCUUUUAUUAUCAGUUCCUCUAACUGUAUGAUAACAUGACCUAUGACCUAUGACCCCCCCACCCCUCCUUCCUCUGGAUAGUGAAUAGUGCUACCCCCCAAAUAACAACAUUGAUAGAGGGCCUGUUUCCCCAAAUAACAACACUCAUACAUGUUCCCCCUAUAACAACACUGAUACAGGGCCAGCUUCCCUCAAUAACAACACUGAUACAUGUUCCCCCAAUAACAACACUGAUACAGGGCCAGCUUCCCUCAAUAACAACACUGAUACGUGUUCCCCCAAUAACAACACUGAUACAGGGCCAGCUUCCCCCAAUAACAACACUGAUACAGGGCCAGCUUCCUCCAAUAACAACACUGAUACAGGGCCAGCUUCCCCCAAUAACAACACUGAUACAGGACCAGCUUCCCCCAAUAACAACACUGAUACAGGACCAGCUUCCUCCAAUAACAACACUGAUACAGGGCCAGCUUCCCCAAUAACAACACUGAUACAGGGCCAGCAUCCUCAAAUAACAACACUGAUACAGGACCAGCUUCCUCCAAUAACAACACUGAUACAGGACCAGCUUCCCCCAAUAACAACACUGAUACAGAGCCAGCUUCCCCAAAUAACAACACUGAAACAUUUUCCUCCAAUAACAACACUGAUACAGGACCAGCUUCCUCCAAUAACAACACUGAUACAGGGCCAGCUUCCCCCAAUAACAACACUGAUACAGGGCCAGCUUCCCUCAAUAACAACACUGAUACAGAGCCAGCUUCCCCCAAUAACAACACCGAAACAUUUUCCCCCAAUAACAACACUGAUACAGGGCCAGCUUCCUCCAAUAACAACACUGAUACAGGACCAGCUUCUUCCAAUAACAACACUGAUACAGGGCCAGCUUCCCCAAU